GUAAAAACCUCCAAAACUUCACCACCAAAUCCCCAUGGCGUAAAGCAAUAAUAACUACUCCGUACAAAAUAUACUUUGCGUGCCCGUAACUCAUUUGGCCCCUGGCUCGUCCACUAAGCACAACCCCUAGGAAAGCUUUCUCUCUGUUUCUUCUUCUUAUUCCUUGUCUCUUGCCUUGAAUCGCGCACUCGAGUGGGUUUCUGCAAUGCUUCUGCGUGUGUGAAGUAUAUUAUAUAUACGAGAUUCUAGGAGAGGGUUUGGAAGGAAGGAAGGAAAGCUGGGAAAGGCAGGAGAUAUAAGGUUGGAGGGGCUUUUCGGGUGUAUCAAUGAAAUCACAACGGCUCUGGCCUUCUCUUCUAGGAUGACCUCCGACUCCGCCUAUCGGGUCCAAACCACUUCGCGCCUCGCGCAAUGGCGGAUCGACAAUCUCUCCUCCUGCACUUACCGCAAGUCUGAUCCUUUCAAAAUCGGUUUAUGGAAUUGCAGUCAGUCCAUGCAAUUUUGGAUGCGAUUUUCACUAUGGGUCAUCCGGAAACAGUCUUUGUGCUUUAGUACAGGGGCAUUUAGUAGUUGAGAAGAACAGAACAUUGAUCAUUAAAGUGUACCCCGAGAUUUCAAAUCUGACAAGGGAUAGCCCUCCUAUAGCAUCAUUUAUCAUUAGAGCAAUCUCGUCCUUCGGUGAUCGCAAGACUUUGGUUCACCCGGAAGUUGUAGACAAGCAACUUAAGACCAGUGAAGACUUCGUUUGGGCAAUUGAACUUCCAGCUCCUGGCAAAUUCAUCAUUGACAUUGAGUUUCUUGAUCUGAAGAUCACCUCUCCAAAGACAAGAGAGCUUUGCUCAAUCUGGGCUGAAGGCUUCACAGAGAAAGAGACUAAUGCGAGUGCAUUAAUAUCACUGGGCCGGAUGUUGUCUGAAAGGAUCCACACUGACAUUCAAAUCAACACCGCAGAUGGGAGCAUUGCAGCCCAUCGAGCCGUUCUUGCAGCCAGGUCACCUGUAUUCCGAAGCAUGUUCUCACAUGAUCUCAAGGAGAAAGAGCUGUCUGAGGUGGACAUCUCUGAUAUGUCGGGGGAAGCUUGCCGGGCUCUUCUUGGCUACAUAUAUGGGAGCAUACAGAACGGGGAGUUCUUAACCCAUCGAUUAGCUCUCCUUCGGGCAGCUGACAAGUAUGACAUUGGGGACUUGAAGGAGACGUGCCAUCGAAGUCUAAUGCAAGACAUAGACACCAAUAACGUCCUUGACAGGCUCCACAAUGCCUCGCUUUAUCAACUCCCGGAGCUGAAGGAAAGGUGUAUGCAAUAUCUUGUGAAGUUUGGAAAGAUAUAUGACAUCCCAAAUGACUUUAAUGCUUUUCUUCAGUAUGCAGACAGAGAGCUCGUCUCAGAAAUUUUCCAUGAAAUUCUAGCUGUAUGGAAAGGCUUCUGAUCGAAUUACUUCUAUAGUUAGCAUAACUAUCCUGUUUUUAGCUGAUAAUAAAGAAAGGGAAAGUAGCAAGCAAUUAAUUGUGCAUUUGUUAUUACUGGUGUAGAUGUUAAUUGUCUUGCAGCAUUUUACAGCAUUGUGCAUCAGAUGACAUAAUAGUAUAUUAUAUUAUAUCUCCUGAGUACGUAUAACAAUGAGAAAUGCUGACGUGAAUUGGAGAAAUUAGAUGAAUGUUGGGG